AUGGAUAUUUCAAAGCCUAUCGCGUUCUGUGAACACCUCCAGCUCUCGAGCCUCGGGGUGCAGCCUGCCUUCAUCUCGUUCCAAACACUCACGCUCGAAUCCGACCAUUAUAUUUGUGUACGAGAGAAAGUGGGCGAACAGAACCAGGUGGUCAUCGUCGACCUCGCCGACGCCAAUAAUGUGCUACGUAGACCUAUCACGGCCGACUCGGCCAUAAUGCACCCUCACAAAAAGAUUCUGGCGUUGAAGGCGGGUCGGACCCUACAGCUCUUCAACAUGGACACGAAGCAGAAGGUGAAGUCACACGUGAACAACGAGGACGUCGUCUUCUGGAAGUGGAUCUCGGACUCGACGAUUGGCAUGGUCACAGACACAGGCGUGUACCACUGGUCCGUCGCGGACGCGACGUCGGCCCCGCAGAAGAUUUUCGACCGUCAUCCGACUCUCGUUGGCGCGCAGAUCAUCAACUACCGCGCGUCGGCAGAUGAGAAAUGGCUUGUGUUGGUUGGCAUUUCAGGAAACACAAGCAACCCCUCAGCAUUCAAGGUCAAAGGCUCGGUACAGCUUUUCAGCAGAGAGCGCGGGGUCAGCCAGCCGAUUGAGGGUCAUGCUGCUGCGUUUGCCGAGCUCAAGUUGGACGGUCACCAUAAGCCCACGAAACUGUUUACGUUCUCUGUCCGGACAGCUACAGGAGCGAAGCUGCACAUCGUCGAAAUUGACCACACAGCACCGGAUCCGCCCUUCAUAAAGAAAGCUGUCGAUGUCUAUUUCCCUCCAGAGGCGACGAACGACUUCCCCGUGGCUAUGCAAGUGUCGAAGAAGCACGGUAUCGUAUACCUAGUGACGAAGUAUGGUUUCAUCCACCUCUACGACCUGGAGUCCGGUGCCUGCAUCUACAUGAACCGUAUCUCUGGGGAGACCAUAUUUGUAACCGCUGAACAUGAGGCGACGAACGGUAUUAUUGGCGUCAACAAGAAGGGCCAGGUGCUCAGUGUCAACGUCGACGAGCAGACAAUUAUCCCAUACAUCCUCACGACGCUUAAUAACACGGAACUCGCAUUCAAGAUGGCUAGCAGGGCCAAUCUUCCGGGUGCGGACGACCUGUACGUUAAGCAAUAUCAGCAGCUCUUCCAGACCGGUCAGUUCGGCGAAGCGGCGAAGGUCGCUGCGAAUUCACCGCGAGGUAUUCUUCGCACUGUGCAAGUCAUCGAGGCGUUCAAGCAUGCGCCAGCACCUCCUGGCGGUCUUUCCCCCAUUCUCCAGUACUUUGGUAUUCUUCUCGAAAAAGGUGAACUGAACCACCUGGAGUCACUCGAACUUGCUCGUCCAGUCUUGCAACAAGGCAGGAAGCAGCUCCUUGAGAAGUGGCUAAAGGAGAACAAGCUUACAUGUAGCGAGGAACUUGGCGAUAUUGUCCGACUUCACGACAUGACCCUCGCGUUGAGUGUCUAUCUCAGAGCGAAUGUGCCAAAUAAGGUCAUUGCGUGCUUUGCGGAGACGGGACAGAUGGACAAGAUCGUCCUUUAUGCGAAGAAGGUUGGAUACACCCCGGACUUUGUCGGCCUGCUCCAACACGUCAUGCGAACCAACCCCGAGAAGGGUGCUGAGUUCGCUGCGCAGCUCGUCAACGAUGAGUCAGGUCCGCUCGUGGAUGUCGAGCGGGUGGUGGACAUUUUCAUGUCGCAAAACAUGAUCCAGCCUGCGACGUCGUUCUUACUCGACGCGCUGAAGGAGAACAAGCCUGAGCAGGCUCAUCUCCAGACUCGGCUGCUGGAGAUGAACCUGAUUCACGCCCCUCAAGUCGCGGAUGCCAUUCUCGGUAACGAGAUGUUCACGCACUACGACCGUCCACGGAUCGCCAACCUUUGUGAGAAGGCUGGUUUACUGCAGCGAGCUCUCGAGCACUACGAGGACUUGGCGGACAUUAAGCGCGUCAUCGUGCAUGCGAACGUGUUCCAGAUCGAUUGGCUCGUCAGCUACUUCAGUCGCCUUACUACUGAGCAGUCAUUGGCUUGCAUGGAAGAGAUGCUUCGUAUCAACAUCCGGCAGAACCUGCAGGUUGUUGUCCAGAUCGCUACGAAGUACUCGGAUAUCCUUGGCCCUGUCAAGCUCAUCGAGUUGUUUGAGAAGUUUAAGUCAUUCGAAGGCCUAUACUAUUACCUCGGUUCCAUCGUCAAUCUCAGCCAGGAUCCCGAGGUUCACUUCAAAUACAUCCAGGCGGCCACUCGUACAGGCCAGAUUCGUGAGGUUGAACGCAUCUGUCGUGAGAGCAACUACUACAACCCGGAGAAAGUCAAGAACUUCCUGAAGGAGGCCAAGCUUUCGGACCAGCUACCCCUCAUCAUCGUCUGCGACCGGUUCGACUUCGUCCAUGACCUUGUGCUGUACCUGUAUCAGAAUGGUCUCACCAACUUCAUUGAGGUUUAUGUUCAACGCGUCAAUUCGGUCAGGACGCCGCAGGUCGUUGGGGGUCUCUUGGAUGUCGACUGUGAUGAGACAACCAUCAAGUCGUUGCUUGCUUCUGUCCCUGGCAACUUCCCCAUCGACGAACUCGUGAACGAGGUAGAGACAAGGAACAGGCUGAAGUUAAUCCUUCCGUGGUUGGAGGCACGCGUGCAGGCGGGAAGCCAAGACCCUGCUGUGUACAACGCGCUCGCAAAGAUCUAUAUUGACUCGAACAACAAUCCCGAGACGUUCUUGAAGGAGAACAAUUUGUACGAGCCGCUGGUCGUCGGCAAAUUCUGUGAGGCCAGAGAUCCGUACCUCGCCUACAUUGCGUACGCGAAGGGCCUGUGCGACGACGAGCUCAUUGCCAUCACGAAUGACAACUCGAUGUUCAAGCAACAAGCUCGCUAUCUCGUCAAGCGUCGUGAUCUGGACCUAUGGGCGCAAGUUCUUGGACCGGACAACAUGCAUCGUCGUCAGCUGAUCGAUCAGAUCAUUGCGACCGCCCUUCCUGAGUCUACGGACCCCGACGAUGUGUCCGUCACUGUGAAGGCGUUCUUGACGGCAGACCUUCCCAUUGAGUUGAUCGAGCUGCUCGAGAAGCUCAUCCUCGAGCCGUCACCAUUCAGCGACAAUCGCAACCUCCAGAAUUUGAUGAUGUUGACGGCCAUUCGUGCAGACAAAGGCAAGGUCGUUGGAUACAUUGACAAGCUCAAGAACUACGAUAUCGCUGAGAUUGCCAAGAUUGCGACCGACCAUGGUCUGUACGAGGAGGCAUUCCUUAUAUACAAGAAGUAUGAGCAGCACGCCAUGGCCAUCAACGUGCUCGUCGAGCAUAUCGUCUCCCUGGACCGCGGCGUCGAGUAUGCCGUCAAGGUCAACAGGCCCGAGGUGUGGAGCAGGCUGGCGAAGGCACAGCUCGACGGUCUGCGAAUCAAGGAUGCCAUCGAUUCGUACAUCAAGGCUGAGGAUCCCUCGAACUACGUCGAAGUCAUCGAGAUUGCUAGUCACGCGGGCAAGCACGACGAGCUCGUCAAGUACCUCCAAAUGGCGCGCAAGACCCUGCGCGAGCCUAAGAUCGACACGGAGUUAGCGUACGCCUAUGCGAAGACGGAUCGUCUGCACGAUAUGGAGGACUUCUUGGGUAUGACGAAUGUUGCUGACAUUCUUGAGGUCGGAGAGAAGUGUUUCGAGGACGAACUUUACCAGGCGGCGAAGUUGCUCUUCACAAGUAUCUCCAAUUGGGCCCGGCUUGCAACGACGCUCAUCUAUCUCGGCGAGAACCAGGCUGCAGUGGAAAGUGCGCGGAAGGCCGGAAACACUCAAGUAUGGAAGCAAGUGCAUGCUGCAUGUAUCGAGAAGGCCGAAUUCCGUUUGGCCCAAAUUUGUGGUCUUAAUAUCAUUGUGCACGCCGAGGAACUCGCUGGUCUCAUUCACUUGUACGAGCGUCGGGGGCAUUUCGAUGAACUUCUUGCCCUUCUGGAAGCUGGUCUCAGUCUGGAGAGAGCGCACAUGGGUAUCUUCACUGAGCUCUCAGCCUUGUACAGCAAGUACAGACCCGAGAAACUCAUGGAGCAUCUCAAGCUCUUUGUUUCUCGCAUUAAUAUCCCCAAGGUCAUUAAAGCCGCUGAACGGGCCCAUCUCUGGCCAGAGCUGGUUUUCCUCUACGUCAAGUACGAUGAGUUUGACAAUGCGGCAUUAGCAAUGAUUGAACGCUCGGCGGACGCUUGGGAGCACAACCAGUUCAAGGAUGUGAUCGUUCGGGUUGCCAACAUCGAGAUCUAUUACAAGUCGCUUACGUUCUAUCUGCAAGAACAACCGACUCUCCUGACAGAUCUGCUGACCGUCUUGAUUCCUCGUAUUGACCAUGCCCGCGUCGUGAGGAUGUUCAGCCAGAUGGACCACAUCCCCCUCAUCCGCUCGUAUCUUAUCGCCGUGCAACAUCUGAACAUUGAGGCCGUCAAUGAUGCGUACAACAACUUGCUCAUCGAGGAGGAAGACUACACAACAUUGCGGGACUCUAUCGACGGCUUUGACAACUUCAACAACAUCAAACUUGCGCAUGACUUAGAGAAGCACGAGCUGUUGGAGUUCCGUCGACUUGCGGCCCACCUUUACAAGAAAAAUGCGCGGUGGGAGGAGUCGAUUACGUUGUCUAAGGCCGACAAGCUCUACAAGGACGCGAUGAUUACGGCAGCCGUAUCUAACUCGAUAGAAGUCGCAGAGGAUCUUCUCUCCUACUUCGUCGACAUCGGCAACAAGGAGUGCUUCGCGGCGAUGUUGUACAUCUGCUUCGAUCUGCUUCGUGCAGAUAUCGUGGAGGAACUCUCGUGGCAGCAUGGUCUCAACGACUUCUACAUGCCGUACAGGAUACAAAACUCGCGGACAUUCGUCGAAAAGAUGGCGGCUCUGGAAAAGCAAGUGCACGAGCUGUCGAAGAAGGACGUCCAAAAGGAGCAGCAAGAAGCGGAAGUGCCCAUCAUCAACCCUAGCGGUCUUCUUACUAACCGGUUAAUGCUGACGCAAGGGAAUGGUUUCCCUGGACAGGCACCCCCGAUAAUGCCUAAUGGCACCAGCAUGGGCAUGCCUCCUGUGAUGACAGGUUUCGCUAGCUUUUGA